GGUGAUCUUCAGGGGCUCCAGGAUGAGAAGUAGUGUUGUACUAUUUGCAGCUGCCGCCCUCCUCUUAGCAUUGCCCUCCACCAAUGGACAAUUUCCUAGGGCAUGUAGCUCCGCCGAGGUCCUCCUGAGCAAAGAGUGCUGCCCGGUUUGGGCCGGAGACGGUUCUCCUUGCGGUGAGGCUUCUGGGAGAGGAACGUGCCAAGACGUAGUCCUAUCUACCUCGCCUUUGGGUCCUAACUUUCCCUUUAGUGGGAUCGACGAUAGGGAAAACUGGCCUACAGUCUUCUACAACCGGACCUGCCAGUGCCAGGGCAACUUCAUGGGUUUCAAUUGCGGCGACUGCAAAUUUGGUUUCACCGGCACCAACUGUACGGUGAGAAGAAGACUGAUCAGGAAAGAAAUUUUCCGCAUGACCACAGCAGAGAAGGACAAGUUCAUCGCCUACCUCAAUCUGGCCAAACGCACCAUCAGCUCGGACUAUGUCAUAGCCACCGGGACCUACGAGCAGAUGAACAACGGAUCCAACCCGCUUUUUGCCGACAUCAACGUCUACGACCUGUUCGUGUGGCUGCACUAUUAUUCCUCCAGAGACGCCUUCAUAGAAGGCGGCCAAGUGUGGGCGGACAUUGACUUUGCCCACGAGGCGCCGGCCUUUGCGCCCUGGCACAGGUACUUCUUGCUGCGCUGGGAGUACGAAAUUCAGAAGGUCACGGGGGAUGAGAACUUCACCAUUCCUUUCUGGGAUUGGAGAGACUCCCAGCAGUGUGAUAUCUGUACUGACGAGUUUUUGGGGGGAACCCACCCAACCAGCAAUGUCCUCCUGAACCCCGCUUCUUUCUUCUCGUCCUGGCAGGUUGUGUGCAGUCAGCCCGCAGAAUACAAUCGUCUAAGAAUCUUGUGCAACGGCACAAAUGAAGGUCCCUUACUGAGGAGCCCUGGACAGCAUAACAGAGAUCGGACCCCGAAUUUACCCACCUCGGCUGAUGUUGAAGCCUGUUUAUCAUUAACAGAUUAUGAAACGGGACCCAUGGAUCGCCAUGCUAACUUCAGCUUCAGGAACACUUUGGAAGGUUUUGCUAACCCACGGACUGCAAUUGCGAACAGCUCCCAGAGCAACAUGCACAAUUCCCUGCAUGUCUAUAUGAACGGCUCCAUGUCCUCAGUUCAGGGAUCUGCUAAUGACCCAAUUUUUGUUCUUCAUCACGCAUUCGUUGACAGCAUAUUUGAGCAAUGGCUUAGAAGACAUCAACCAUCAAUAGAUUCUUAUCCAGAAGCCAAUGCAUCGAUUGGUCAUAACCGUGGAUACUACAUGGUUCCGUUCCUCCCGUUGUUUACCAAUGGAGAAUUCUUUGCUCCAUCCAGAGAUUUGGGAUACGAUUAUGACUAUUUGGCUGAAGCAGACUCCAUUGAAGAUUUCUUGUUGCGUUAUCUGGAAGAAGCCAGACAAAUCUGGCAGUGGCUCGUGGGAGCAGCAGUGGUCGGAGGCCUUAUUACGGCCGUGAUUGCGACAAUUGUGAGCCUGGCGUGCCGGCGGAGGAGGAAAGUGAGCUCAGAAGAGACCCAGCCUCUCCUCAUGGAGGCCGAAGAUUAUCAGAGCACUUACCAAUCCCAUCUAUGAGGGGCGGAAGCUACUUUUUUUUACCUCCCCCUCCCCCAUGAGAUAAUGUGUGUAAAAUUACACAGCUCCAUGUGUUGAAACCAAAGUGCAGGACAUAUAAAAGGAUUUUAAUAUUAACCCUUUUUUAAUUUAAAAAAAGAAUGCCUGGGUUGUCAUUUAGCUUGGACAGGGAAGGGUUAAUAAUGUGCAUUUAGUAUGUAUUUUUUUAAAGAUAUAUACUACUAGUGCAGCAUGUCCUGCACACCUUUAUUAUAUGUAUUACAUAUAUGUCAACUGUGAUUUAUUGAUUCCCAUACAGUAAAAAAGGGAAACAUCAUCUAAUCAUGACUGUGUGUUAUUGUGUGUUGUUGUGUGUUCCAUUUUCAGCAGUACAGUAAAG